AUGACCAUCGUCGACAAGCUCAAAGAGAAGCUGCACCUUGGAGGUAACUCCAAGUCAGUUGCCUCGGAGUCUCCCGCCGUUCCCCCCAAAUCAUCAGCCAGCUCCAAUCCCGCUGUGCCCCCAAAAGAUGCCUCCCCCGUUGCGACCAAGGACUCGCUGCCUGAUCUUCCUGAGACGGAAGUUUUUGACCAUGAGAAGGUCACUGUGAUCUUUGUUCUCGGUGGACCUGGCGCUGGCAAGGGCACGCAGUGUGAGAAUCUCGUGAGGGACUAUGGGUUCAAGCACCUCUCUGCUGGAGACCUUUUACGAGCAGAGCAGACUCGUGAAGGCUCAGAAUACGGAGAUAUGAUCAAGCAAUGUAUUGUCGAAGGACAGAUUGUCCCCAUGGAAGUCACCGUCAAACUCCUCGAGAAUGCGAUGCGAGACACGCUGGCCAAACCUCCAAGCGUCAGCAGCGAGCUUUCCUCAGCCUGGGAGGGAGGCAAAGGUCGAUUCUUGAUCGACGGGUUCCCAAGAAAGAUGGAUCAGGCUAUCAAGUUUGACGAAGCCGUCUGUCAAUCUUCCUUCGUUUUGUUCAUUGCGACUACCGAAGAGGUCAUGCUUGAGCGACUACUUGAGCGAGGCAAAACGUCUGGAAGAAGCGACGACAAUGAAGAGAGUAUCAAAAAGCGAUUCAAAACGUUCGAGGAGACAUCGAUGCCUGUGGUUGACUACUACCGCAGCAAGGACAAGGUCGUCGAGGCAAGUAUCGACUCGUCUCCUCCCGUUCAAGAGGUCUACCAAGCCGUUCGAGCUGCCAUCGAUCCUCGUCUUGGCGUCACCGCUCCCCAGCCUGUUAGCGGAAUACCCGAACCUGUUGCUGCCGUUGAACCAGUCCAUGACGAGCCGGCUGUGCUUGGCAAGCCACUAUAA